UGAGUCACGGAGUAACACUCACGCUGUACCCAUAGAGUAUAUAUGUUUCCCUUCAAUUCCUCCGUAUCUUUCUCGACAUCUGGCUCCCUCGCUUUUCUACCCAAAUGUCUCCGUCUCUAGAGACUGCGCAGUCGCAAUGGCUCGCUCAGUUUGCGGCCAUGCGAGAGGCCAUCGCAGAACUCAAGCUACCUACUACUGAUGAGCAGAAUCAAGCAUACGGACACGACAUCAAUAUUGACGAUGACGAGCUUUCCGGAACCCCCAGCGGCGACGAUAUCUGGGACCUCAUAAGCGACGAGCGGGAUGAUUCCUACAGCAGCGACCAUCUGGACGAUGUUGACGAGAUACCGGCGAAGGACGCAGGCUAUAGCAAAGCCUGGUUAGAACAAAAAUGCGAAGAUGUUGCUGGCAAGAGCUCCGGGCUAGAGGCGAAGGCAUUACAAGAGCAGCUUCUGGCUAUACUGGUGUCGGAUAGUCGGGAUGACGAGCUUCAAAUGAUGCUCACUGAUAUGCUAGGGUAUUCCGAGCUUGACCUGGUGGCGGACCUCAUAGCACAUCGGAGCGAAGUCACCACAUCCACAAGCACAGAUACUGGAAGCAAUGGGGUGAUCGGGCGUUUGCAAACCAAGGAGGAGAGAGAAGAGGCUCUUCGCCGCCAGGAUUUUGAACACAAGACUGCUGGUUUGCGCGCCCGGGUUGACCGUGAAGGACCGCAGUAUCCUCAUGUAUAUAGAGCUCAUGAGACGGGCAAUAAACUAUCGACUCUCGGAAAGAAGUAUGCAUUACCACAAGGCCACAAGCAUGAACAGAAAGAGAGAUACGAGGAGUACACGAUACCAGCUGCCGCAGUUGGAACCCUGGGCGUAGGACGAAAGCUCAUCGAAGUCAAUGAAAUGGACGGGCUCUGCAAGCGGACCUUCAAAGGCUACAAGGCCCUCAAUAGGAUGCAGAGUCUGGUCUAUCCCGUCGCAUACAACACGAGUGAGAACAUGUUGAUAUGCGCUCCCACCGGUGCCGGUAAAACUGAUGCGGCGAUGCUUACGAUUCUCAACACUAUCGCGAAAAACAUCAUCCCGAAUCCCAUUGAGCAUCCGGACGCCACGGACUUUACCGUUCAAACCGAAGAUUUUAAGAUCAUUUAUGUGGCCCCCAUGAAAGCUUUGGCUGCCGAGAUUGUGGAUAAGCUCGGAAAGCGACUUGCCUGGCUCGGUAUCAAGGUUCGCGAGCUUACAGGAGAUAUGCACUUGACAAAGGCGGAGAUUGUCCAGACUCAGAUCAUUGUUACCACUCCCGAGAAAUGGGAUGUAGUAACAAGAAAGAGUACCGGCGAUACGGAGCUCGUCCAGAAGGUCCGCCUCCUCAUCAUUGAUGAAGUUCACAUGCUCCAUGAUGAAAGAGGUGCUGUGUUGGAAUCACUGGUGGCCCGCACAGAACGACAGGUCGAGAGCACACAGUCUCUCAUCCGAAUUGUUGGGCUGUCUGCCACCCUUCCCAAUUAUGUUGAUGUUGCGGACUUCUUGAAAGUCAACAAGAUGGCGGGUCUCUUCUAUUUCGACGCCUCUUUCCGCCCUGUGCCGCUGGAACAACAUUUCAUUGGGGCCAAGGGAAAAGCUGGAACUGCAAAAUCCCGAGAAAACAUCGACGAAACGGCCUUCGAAAAAGUCACCGAUAUGUUGCGACUAGGUCACCAGGUGAUGGUCUUCGUGCAUUCGAGGAAAGAUACAUUCAACACUGCGAGAAAGCUGUAUGAAAAGGCCAUGGAGAGACAAUGCGCCGAUCUUUUUGACCCUUCGUUCCAUCCGGGAUACGAUCAAGCUGUCACAGCUAUGAGGACAUCCAAGGGAAGAGAACUUCGAGAGCUCAUACCUAAGGGAAUGGGAACCCACCACGCGGGUAUGCCUAGAACUGACAGAAAUUUGAUUGAGCGCCUGUUUGCCGAGGGCGUCUUGAAGGUCCUCUGCUGUACCGCGACUCUCGCCUGGGGUGUGAAUUUGCCGGCAGCGGCAGUCAUUAUCAAGGGCACCCAGCUUUACAGUGCUCAAGAAGGAAAGUUUGUGGACCUUGGUAUUCUCGACGUUUUGCAAAUCUUCGGUCGAGCUGGUCGGCCUCAAUUCCAGGAUACCGGUAUUGGUUUCAUCUGUACGACACAGGACAAGCUGGAUCAUUACCUGAAGGCCGUGACUGAGCAGCAACCAAUUGAAUCCAAAUUCUCCAGGAAGAUGGUGGACAAUCUCAAUGCGGAGAUAUCGUUGGGCACUGUCACUUCAAUCCCCGAAGCAGUCCAAUGGCUUGGCUAUUCAUACCUGUUCGUCCGCAUGAAGCGCAAUCCACUUGGAUACGGUAUCGACUGGGCGGAGAUCCGUGACGACCCAGCGCUUGUCCAACGACGGAGGAAGCUAGUCAUAGACGCUGCCAGGGUCUUACAAACGAGUCAGAUGAUCAUCUUCAACGAAGUCACGGAAGAACUCCGCGCGAAGGACGUUGGCCGAAUUGCCAGUCAAUUCUACGUUUUGCAGACCAGCAUUGAGAUUUUCAAUACCAUGAUGAGACCGCAAGCGACUGAAGCAGACGUACUUAAGAUGAUCAGUAUGAGUGGAGAGUUCGAUAACAUCCAGUCUCGCGAUACUGAAGAGAAGGAGCUCUCAAGAUUGGUGGAAGAAGAGUAUGUGCCGUGCAAAGUCGAAGGAGGGCCAGGCACUCCUCACGGGAAAACGAACAUUCUUCUGCAGUCGCACAUUUCGCGCGCUCGAAUCGAAGAUUACACGCUUGUCUCAGAUACGAACUACAUCACUCAGAACGCUACUCGCAUAUGCAGAGCUCUGUUUAUGGUAGCAUUGAAUAGGCGAUGGGGUCACCAAUGCUUAGUGCUUCUAAAUCUUUGCCAGUCAAUCGAGCGCCAGAUCUGGGUAUACCAGCAUCCUUUCCAUCAGUUCAACUUGCCUGUUCCAGUUCUACGCUACCUGGAUGAGAAGAGCUCUGUAUCUUCCGUCGAAGCUUUACGGGAGAUGGACUCUACGGAGAUUGGCUCUUUGGUCCACAACAACAAGAUGGGAGGCAUUAUCUCAAAGCUACUAAAUAACUUCCCGACACUUACCAUUGAAUCGGAAAUCGCUCCCCUCAAUCGCGAUGUACUACGUAUCCGCUUGUUUAUCACUCCGGAAUUUCGCUGGAAUGACCUCCACCACGGUACAUCCGAGUCGUACUGGAUCUGGGUGGAGAACUCGGAAACGUCGGAGAUCUACCACCAUGAAUUCUUUAUUCUGUCCAGGAGGAAGCUGUACGAUGAUCAUGAACUGAGCUUUACCAUCCCUCUUUCAGAUCCUUUACCUUCGCAGAUCUACGUUCGUGCUGUGUCGGAUCGGUGGCUGGGCGCCGAGACAGUCCAUCCAAUCUCGUUUCAGCACUUGAUUAGACCGGAUACGGAGAGCGUUUACACAGAUCUUCUGAACCUUCAACCUUUAUCGAUCUCAGCGCUCAAGAACCCUAUUUUAGAAGAGGUAUAUGGGCAACGCUUCCAGUACUUCAACCCCAUGCAGACUCAGAUCUUCCACUGUCUAUAUCAUACACCAGCCAAUGUUCUACUUGGUUCACCAACUGGAAGUGGUAAGACAGUAGCUGCUGAACUUGCAAUGUGGUGGGCGUUCCGAGAAAAGCCUGGAUCCAAGGUCGUCUACAUUGCCCCAAUGAAGGCGCUGGUUCGCGAGAGGGUUAAAGAUUGGGGCAAGCGGCUCGCGGGACCUAUGGGCCUGAAGCUUGUCGAGCUGACCGGAGACAAUACACCUGAUACCCGCACGAUUCAAGACGCAGAUGUCAUUAUCACGACACCAGAGAAGUGGGAUGGUAUCAGUCGUAGCUGGCAGACCCGUGGCUACGUGCAGAAAGUCAGCCUUGUGAUCAUCGAUGAGAUCCAUUUGCUCGGCGGAGAUCGUGGCCCCAUCCUCGAGAUCAUCGUGUCGAGAAUGAACUACAUCGCGUCGCAAAAGAAAGGUUCGGUUCGGCUUUUGGGGAUGUCUACUGCUUGCGCAAACGCUACUGACCUAGGAAAUUGGUUGGGAGUCAAGCAGGGGUUGUUCAACUUCAGGCAUUCCGUUCGACCAGUACCUCUGGAAAUCUUCAUUGAUGGGUUCCCUGAGCAGCGAGGGUUCUGCCCUCUGAUGCAGUCUAUGAAUCGGCCCACUUUCCUGGCCAUCAAGUCACAUUCUCCAGACAAGCCUGUUAUCGUUUUCGUGGCUUCUCGACGUCAAACGAGACUUACGGCCAAAGACCUGAUCAACUUUUGCGGAAUGGAGGACAACCCCAGACGAUUUCUACGUAUGUCAGAGGAGGACCUGAUCGUGAAUCUGCAACGUGUCAAAGAUGAUGCUCUCCGAGAGUCUCUCAGCUUCGGAAUAGGACUGCAUCAUGCGGGUCUUGUUGAGUCUGAUCGGCAACUCUCUGAGGAGCUAUUUGCGAAUAACAAGAUCCAAAUUUUGGUGGCGACGAGCACCCUUGCCUGGGGAGUUAAUCUGCCAGCUCACCUUGUCGUCGUCAAAGGAACUCAGUUCUUCGAUGCUAAAUUGGAAGGCUACAAGGACAUGGACUUGACCGAUGUACUCCAGAUGCUGGGUCGUGCUGGUCGUCCUCAGUUUGACACCUCAGGGAUUGCUCGCAUCUUCACCCAGGAUUCGAAGAAGGCGUUUUACAAGCACUUCCUACAUACUGGGUUCCCCGUCGAAUCCUCCUUGCACAACGUUCUGGACAACCAUUUGGGUGCUGAGAUCUCUGCAGAGACAAUAACCACUAAGCAAGACGCGCUUGACUACUUGACUUGGACAUUUUUCUUCCGUCGCCUCCACAAGAAUCCCUCGUACUAUGGUCUCGAGAUCUCUGCAGAGGAACAUAACACUAUGGCCGCUCAGGAAAUGGCGAACGAGUACAUGGUUGAGCUAGUCGAGAAGUCUCUAAAAGAGCUUGAAGAGUCGGGGUGUGUGGUGAUACAUUCAAACGGCGAUGUGGACUCUACUCCUCUCGGAAAGAUCAUGAGUUACUACUACCUCUCCCACAAGACGAUCCGCCAUCUCCGCAAGCACGCUAAGCGCAAUGCUACUUUCGAAGACGUCCUUUCCUGGAUUUCCUGCGCGACCGAGUACGACGAGCUGCCCGUCCGCCACAACGAAGACCUCAUCAACGCGGAGCUUUCCAAGAACUUACCCUUCAAGGCCGACUCGUUUGGCAUGCCCAUGUGGGACCCGCAUGUCAAAUCCUUCCUCCUGCUCCAAGCCCACUUCUCCCGCAUUGACCUCCCAAUCUCGGAUUACGUGGGCGAUCUCAACUCCGUGCUGGACCAAAGCAUCCGUAUCGUGCAAGCCUCUAUCGACGUCUUGACCGAGCUGGGCUACCUCUCCAGCUGCGCAAUGAUGGUUACGUUACUGCAAUGCAUCAAGUCCGCGCGCUGGCCGGACGACGGCCCUCUCUCCAUCUGCCCCGGCGUGGACGCGGAAGACGAGAAGCAGCGUCUCGCAGACCCGAAAGCCACCCUCAAGACUCUAGUAGAGGUCUCCACCGCACCACGACCCGCCAUCGAAACGAACGCCCUCAAGGUUGUAGAAGCCCUCCCCAAUCUCAAGCUCCGCCUCACCGCCGUCAACGCGGCUAGCAUCAGCCUCCAGAUCAUGCGCUUGAACGCCCCGGCGUUUACCAAAGGCAAAGGGUCGACGGACACCAAGAUGUGGGCUCCGCGUUUCCCGAAACCCCAGACGGAGGGCUUCUUUGUUAUGCUUACGUAUCCUGGCCGAGAUGAGAUAGUGGCGUUGCGGAGGGUUGGGUGGCAGAGCGGGGAUGCCGGGAGAGGGAAGGGUGGUGGGGCGUUCAAUAAGCAGGCGUCGACGAAAAUUACGCUGCUAGAGGAGCUGGAGGCACAGAAGCUGGAUGUUGCGGUGUUCAGUGAUGGGUAUAUUGGGAUGAGGUGGUCGCUGGAGGGGGUUGAGAUUCCGGAGAGGCCACAGGUUGAGGAUGGUGGGAAGGGGAAGGAAGAGGUUUGGGAUUGCCACAUUUGA